GCGUGCUAUGUGUGAGCUCAACUCUUAUCUGCAAAAUGCCAUUUUGUGCAGCUUUCAACUGCACCAAUCGCCUUAAAAAAGGCUCUGGAAUAACCUUUCAUAGGUUUCCCAAAUCUGGUUCAGCCCUUCUGAAAGAAUGGCUCGUCAAGAUGAGAAGGGACAAGUGGAUACCCAAUAAGUAUUCAACCAUGUGCUCCAUCCAUUUUGAAGAAGUUUGUUUCGACCGCACUGGACAAACAACCAGACUCCGUGAAGGUUCUAUUCCGACCAUUUUUAACUUUUCUGCACAUCUCAAAGAGAAACAAAAACAAAAAAACCAGGCAGAGUCAGCCAUAGAAAACAGCUUGCAGAUGUGGACAGUCGGACAGAUGCAUCGAGUGAUCGGCAAAGCAGCGACCAAGAACUUUUAAUAAAUGAAGAACCUGUUGCAGGCAAUAUUGAAAGACAGUUUCCAAAUUCAGAGAGUCAAGUAAAUGCCUUGAAUAAUAUCAGAAACUGUAAACAAGAUGGUAUCUUGAAGGAAGACAAAACAAAAGUGAACAAGGAAAAGCAACUCCCAGAUAAAGAUAGUCGGAUAAGAACAUUGCUUGAAGGGCAUAGCUUUAUCGAGGAUGGUUUCUUCUAUCACGCUAAACCCUCCCCGAUUAGUGACAUCAGUA